AGACUCACAGGGUCUUUCAGGACUGUAAGGAGUUCUGUCAAUCAUCACCCCCGACUUGCUCUGCGGAGCCACUCUGUCGUAAUGGCCGAAUGGGAAAGAACUGCUGGGCAGGGGCAGUCCAAGGGGAAAGGCCUCGUCUUCCAUUCCUACAAGGAGAUGUUCCAGAAGAUGGAGGAAACAUUUAAAUUCUGUGCAUGCUGCAGGAAGUUGCCCAGCGAUCUGUCAGAUGCCAAGUCUCUCAAGCGCUGCGUUAAGUGUCUGAAUGUGUACUACUGCAGUAAGGAGUGCCAGAAGGAGCACUGGCCACAGCACAAAGCCUUCUGCAAACAGCUCCGGCUGGCGGCCAUCGACCGGCUGGUGGAGUGGCUGGUUUUUAAAGGAGAUCUUCCAUUCGCCACGGAGCAGUGGUCACGGCCUGCUGCGGAGGUGAAGAACUGGGAGGACUGGCUCUCCAUGCAGGGCGACCUCAAUCAACGUCUGGAGGCCAUCUUGUCUGGGCCUCACAUGCAAGAACUGUGGACUAAUGUCAGCAGGACCCGUCCAGAAGACGGCGAGCUGCGGGAGUCACUAUGGCGGGUGACCAGCGAGUUCCUGUCCAAACCCCUCACUCUGGGCCUGGGGCUGCGCUUGUUUGGCCUGGACCCAUAUUCCCGGCCCCUCACCAUCCACCUGGUGGGGGCCUCCCACAACGAGACCAUGGGGGCCCGUCUCACGGACUUCGACGAGCUCAGUCGCAUGUUCCCUGGUCACCAGGGCCUGGAGGUGGUCAUGGUGGGACCAGAGGUGGUGGAGGGGCCUAUAAUGAGGCCCCCACUGAGAGCUUUUGGGCCCAGGGGGAGAGUCUACAUCAGUGCCUACAAGGGCCUGUACCACCAGUUCUGGGAGGAGCUGGUGGAGAAGCAGGAGGCAGCCAAGCCGGACCUGGUGGUGGGAUUUCAUCCAGGGUUUGAUGCCAGCCAGACCAUGGAGGAUGGGUGGCUGCCAACUCUGCUGCUGCUCAGGGACUAUGACAUCCCCUCACUGUUCACCAUGCUGAAUGAAGAGGAGCUGAAGUACUCUCUCCAGAUCCUAACGGAGCUGGAAAUGCACAUGAGAGGAACCGGAGCCAAUCCCUUCGCGUCCCUGAAGCCAGAGCAGGUCCAGGCCUGUCCCAACAAGACCCCUGUCUUCUGCAACGCACACUACCUCUACUUCCAGGGCCUGCUGGAGGAGAAUGACGAGGAGCUGGAGGAGAAUGACGAGGAGCUCGAGGAGGACUAGAGCUGAGCAGUAACCAGUGUAACGCAUGUCCUCGGUGAGAAGGCACCUGUUAAAAGAUGCUAAAUGAUCACGACAAAUUAAGACGGACAAUCUCAUCUGAUGAAGAAUAUCACUUAUAAUCAUUACAUGUGAGAGACAUAAAUGGAAGUAAAAAUGAAUGCACUGAAAUUAUUCCAAAACAUCCAACAGGAAGUGCUUAUCUUUCCAAGCAUGUGCUGUUUUCCAGUGUGUGUGUGGGGGGGGUGGGGGCGGGGGGGGGAGCUGGCAUCAGGAAUGUGUUGUGGUGAAAAUAAUUUCAGUAUCAUCUGUAGGGAUUUUUAAGUGAACUUUAAUCCAAAAUUUCUACUGGUGUUGCUGAAUGACAGAUGAAAGCUUUUUUGUUUCUAUAUGAAGUGUGCAUGUGUAAAGUUUGAUCUUUCGGUCCAUUUUAUAGACCCUGGAAUGUCCUUUCUGCAUGUCUGUUUUUUGCCAAGCUGAGUGGGGGCAUCAUAAUAUUAAGGUCAUACAAGCGAUAAUAAAGGCCUGUUUUACAUACUACGAUAAACCCCUUGGUGCUUUUGCAUUGUAAAUGAAUAUCUGAUUAUUUCUUCUGUAACUGAAUAGUUUUGACUGUGGUCCAAAGAUGUAUAAAAGCACUGUUGAAAAUACUUACAGACAUUGGAGUGAAUCUGCUGAAAAUGACGAGUUAUUAAGUAUAAAUUAAAGCAGCAGCACUAAAGAUCUGGGUACAAUAAUGUAAAUUACAGGUUUUAGUAGUAGAGCAUCACCGAUCUGAACUAGGCCUAAUGCUCUGAGAUCAUUGCAGUGCCAGUAUGAAUAUUUAUUAUUAAUUACAGGAACAAAACCUGGAGUAUUUGCAGGUUCUGUUCAGAGUUGCUUUUUAAACCUGUAGCUAUGGUACUGUAAGCUUUUGGGUAAUUAUGGACUGGGACUUCAAAGAAGUUGUAAUUUUACUGUAGGCAAAUAGAUCCAUGUGUGGCAGACUUAGGCAGAAAUGUUUCCCACGGCCCAUGGAAUAUCACGGAAGAGCUAUAUAUAUAUUUUUAGAAUCAAAUAUCUACUAUUUUAUCACAACUAUACAUACUAAAAUAGCAACUGUUACAUGUGGAGUGCAUUUGUUGAGCUGGUUGUAAUGGAUGAAAAGUCUCCUGGUUCUUAGGAUACUGUUGCCGUGGCGAUGGUGUGGCAUCAUACUGCUCUGAUUGCUUAGUAACCAUUGGGCCCAGCUGAGCUAAUCAGCAGCCGAGUUCACAUUUUAGCUCUCAUUCUGCAGGCAUGGGAACAAAGCUUCGCAGUACAUUCCAUUACCAUUGUUUAGGUCUCAGUGUAUAUGAUCAAGAGGUGCAUUGUUCCCAUCCUGGCUCAACACACUGCCUCUUUCAGUGAUGGUAAUGAUCUCCAGCAGGGUCAGUAUGGUCAUGCAUGCGAUGCGGCCCCUCUGACAGCAGCAUGCCUUGCACAUUAAAACAAGUGAUAAAAAUCUGUUAACAGUGUUUACACACAAUAUGGAAACAGUCGGCAUUGUGAAGGAGAACUUAUGUGAGGGGAAUUGCCAAACAGAUCGUAGAAGGACCGUUUUCUUGAAUGUUGGUUGUGAUGUCAGUGGCCAACACCCACAAGACUGAGACUGGCCAUUUGCAAGUACUAUUUAAUGAAGCUGCCAUAUGAAGACCUUUGAGGCAUCUGUUAGUCAAACUACACACACUAAUAUAUUUAUCCUCUCGCUCACUUGUGCACCAGGGUCUCCCUCUCCUCUUUCUGUUGUGGUUAGAGCCAGUCUGCGCUGCGCUGUGAAGGGAGUAGUACACAGCAUUGUACAAGAUGUUCAGUUUCCUGGCAAUUUCUCGGAUGGAAUAGCCUUCACUUCUCAGAACAAGAAUAGACUGAUGAGUUUCAGAAGAAAGUUCUUCGUUUCUGACCAUUUUGAGCUUGUAAUCGAACCUACAAUUGCUGAUGCUCCUGAUACUCAACUAAUGCAAAAAAUGCCAGUUUUAUUGCUUCUUUAAUCAGCACAGCAGUUUUUCAUCUCUGCUAACAUAAUUGCAAAAGGGUUUUCAAAUGAUUAAAAUUAUAAACUUGCAUUAGCAAACACAACAUUCCACUGGUACACAGGGACUAAUUGUUGCUGAUAAAUGGCCUCUGUACCCCUAUGCAGAUAUUCCAUAAAAAAAUAAAAAAAAAUUCCAGGUGUGAUAACAUUAUCAAUGUUCACAGUAUCUGAUGUUAUUUUAAUGGACAAUUUUUUUUCAAAAGCAAGGAAAUGUCUAAGUGACCCCAAACUUUUGAAUGAUGGUGGUUGGGUAAAUACAGCAUAGUGCCUCCAUGUUUGACAACAUUUUAUUGUCAGAUUGGAGAUUACACUGAUCUUGCUGUGAUUUUUCAAGCAAAUAUUUGUGUGCUUUUGCGAUUUUCGAAACAUUGUUAUUAUUUUUAAUAAUGUUGUUAUCCUUACAAACAUGUCCUUCUGAGAGAAUCAUUUGCUUGUGAUGUUUAAAGGAAUAAAAGUGAAUACAGACACUAUAA